UCUAAUUAUUAAAAUUAUCUAAUUAAGCACCUUCCAGUCCAAAGAAAGGUAACAGUCCUUGCCUAGAGAGUUCCUCCUCCUCGUUUAUGGUGAAGCAAGGCGGGAUGUGAGGCUGUUCUCUUCGGCUUGGCAUUUCGUCUUCAUCGUUCGCACGAAUUCACCUACUUUUCCCCUCUGAUAUACACAUAGAGUUAUAUUUUUUUGUUUUAUAUCAACCUCACAAUAGUGGACGGAAAUACUGGACAACAAAGAAGGCCUGGUCGUUCUCUUCCAUCUCUCCAAACUGCAGCUGUCCUCCGUCAACAACCACCGCCACCGCUCAAUCUAAUCUGAAGCAUUCAUAAUAUACCGGAUACCAUCAAUUCAUUUAUUUGUACGAAGAAUACAGAAGAAAAGAAAUUUUUUAAUCAAAAACCCCAAAGUCUACGAGAUUGAGUGAUCGAGCGAAAGGAUAAGAAAAGAAAGAUUUUUUUAAAGAUCGAUCAAAAGAAAAGCACACACACACACAAAAACAUCUGAAAAUCUUGAAAUGGCCAGUCGUAAUGGUAAAUUGUCGACCUUGAUGCAAUACCAAUUCACCAAGACGGACAAAGAGAAGCUUACACGAAAUGCAUCUGAUGUUAACGAUGACGAUGCCAAAUAUCAGUCUGAAGACGAUCAAUCGAGCUCAGAAACAGAAACUUCUAAAUCAGGUAAGCCGUCCCCGGUCUCUGAUGAGACAGGUAAUGAGAAAACUACCAACGAUGCUGAUUCUCUGUCUGACUUCAUGAAGGAUUCAGAUAAGGAGAGUGACUGGGACAGUGACGAACAUCAGGACUGGUCUGGCAAGAAGACAAAUGGCUACGUUCGGAAGAAGAAAAGGAUCAAGAAACCAGUAAAGAAAAGAAGAUUCAAACGCCCAGUAUCUGAUGACAAUUCAGACGAUGAUGAUGACAAAGGACAUUAUACGACAGUUCCCAAAGCAGAAUCUAACCGAGAAAAGGCCAGGGUCGCUGAGCUGAACACCCUUGUUUUGUUAUAUCCACACAAAACCCGUGAUGAACUUGGGGAAGUGCUCAACAAUAGCAAGAAUUUAGAUGAUGCUAUCAACAGUAUGAUAGCUGCUGACCCAAUCAAAAAUAAAAAACGCCGCAAGGCAAAUGAUAAUGGUCAGCAGCCAUUAAAAAGGGUGAAACGUCCUUCCAGCGUCGACAGUUCAUCUUCUGAUUUAGAAUCCCAAGAACCAGACAUGCAGACCAUUGAAGAAAGAAUAGACUUCUUAUCUGAUGCCUUUACAGCUUUCUCAAGAGAGGAACUCAAAGAUCUUCUGCGGGAGAACAAAUGGUGUUUGGAGAAAACGAUUGUCUGGCUGGCAUGCGGAGACAAAGAUAAAGAUGAUCCAAAGAAAAAAGACAGUGAUAUGGAUGAAGACAUUCCAGACAGUGAAUCAGAGGGCAGCAGUGGAGACAUAGAUCUUGAUUUUGAGGAUUAUUGCGUUGAGAAACAAUCUGAACAAGAGAUUAUUCAGUCUUUCUUUAAUGAAGCCAAAAUUGAAGAAUUAAUGGCAAUUCCAGGCUGUUCAGAGAAGAAAGCGGAAAUCAUUAUAAAGUUGCGCCCCUUCGAAAGUUAUGACAGUCUGAUAGAGAAACUGGAUUCUACCAAAUCAUUAACAUCCCGGUUUGUUGUGGGCGGCAAGGAAGUGAUUCACAUGCGUGAAGUUGUUAUUCGUUUGAUGAAGAAAUGUGAGAAAAUCUCCAAGGAAAUGGGAGAUUUGGCCAAUUAUCUUGUCAGUGCUACAGAAAUGAAUGAAGACGUCCAGUCAAAGAGUGUCAAAGAGUUACAGAUCACACAACAGCCUCUUAUACUCAAUGAAAAUUUCCUGUUGAAACCUUACCAACUGGUUGGCUUGAAUUGGUUGCGGAUAUUACAUUCCCAGGAAGUUAAUGGUAUUCUAGCUGAUGAAAUGGGUCUUGGAAAGACAGUCCAGGCUAUAGCGUUUCUAGCUUAUUUAUUAGAGCAAGGUGAAGAAGGACCUCAUGUAAUCAUUGUACCCUCAUCCACUAUUGAUAACUGGAUGAAUGAAAUUCAACGAUGGUGCCCUAGUAUAAAUGUUUUGAUGUAUUAUGGUUCGCAAGAAGACAGGCAAAAUGCAAGGCAUCACCUGAAAUAUGACGAUCAUAACGUCAAUGUUGUUCUCACUACUUACAAUAUGGCAACUGGCUGUCUUGAAGAUAGAGUUCUUUUUAAGAAAACUCAGUUCCAUUAUGCUGUGUUUGACGAAGGGCAUAUGCUGAAGAAUAUGUCAUCUCUUAGGUACCAAAAUCUCAUGAAAAUUCAGGCUGAGAGAAGGUUACUGCUCACUGGCACUCCCCUCCAGAACAACCUGUUAGAACUGAUCUCUUUGCUAUGUUUUGUUAUGCCUGACAUGUUUGUGGGUAAAACUGAGCAGUUGAAACGAACAUUUACUUUAAUUACAAAAUCCCAAGAUGAUAAGCGAAGUAAUUAUGAAAUGGAACGUAUUGCUCAUGCCAAGAAGAUAUUGCGUCCAUUUAUGUUGCGGCGGUUGAAAUCUCAGGUUUUGAAGCAAAUGCCACCGAAAGUGGAAGAGGUCUUGUAUUGCCAGAUGAUUCCAGACCAACAGGAACAGUAUGAAAACAUGAUUAACCAAUUUACUAAGGAAGUUGACAAUGCUGACGGCAACACACGGCAGUGCAUGUUGAUGCAGCUGCGGAAACUUGCAAACCAUCCGUUGUUGCAAAGAAGACACUUUAAUAAUUCAUUGCUACGUUCUAUGUCUACAGCAAUUGCCAAAGAACCGUCUCAUCGAGAUCGGAAUGCUUUACCCUCUGUUAUUUAUCAAGACAUGGAGGUUAUGUCUGAUUUUGAAUUACACAAACUCUGCCUUCUGUACAAGAAACAUCUUGGACAUUAUGCUUUAAACCCUUCUGUGAUUUUGGAUUCUGGGAAAUUUCGGAAGAUGGAUGAAUUGCUACCAGAUUUCCGGGAAGUUGGAGACCGUGUACUCAUCUUUAGUCAAUUCACAAUGGUACUAGACAUUUUAGAAGAAUAUCUGAAAUUAAAAGAAGAUAUGAAAUAUUUAAGACUUGAUGGACAAACUCCUGUACAAGAAAGACAAGGAUUGAUUAAUAAAUUCAAUGAGGAUCCUGAAAUUUUCAUCUUUUUGUUAUCAACUCGAGCGGGUGGCUUGGGUAUCAACCUCACUUCUGCCAAUGCUGUUAUUAUUCAUGACAUAGACUUUAACCCAUAUAACGACAAACAAGCUGAAGAUAGAUGCCACAGGAUGGGACAAACAAAGGCUGUGAAAAUAUGUCGACUGCUGAGUAAGAAUACUGUUGAAGAAGCCAUGUUCCGGUGUGCUCAGAAGAAGCUGAGCCUAGAGAAAGAUGUCACCUCGAGCUCUGUCCAGAACUGUAAUACUGAUGAGCCAGAAGUUGAUGUUGCAUCCAUUCUCAAAGAAGUUCUGGCCAGUGCCACCAAGAAGUGAAAACUUUAUGUAAAACUUCUGAAGAAUCACCAUUUCAAGAUUUUUUUUUUCUAUUUCUUUUCCUUUCCCCUUCCUUGGAAACCCUCAUCAUUUUCUCAUGCCAUCAUAUACACCUGCCUUCUCUGCCUGCAUCCGUUUGUUAUUUCUUUUACGUUUCACUUCUUUCCCUUUCAUUUACAUCUGGUAUAUUAUCGUACCAAGCCAUCACCAACUCUCUGUCUGUCUGUCUGUCUCUUUGUUUUCACUACCUACACAAAAUAUGAACAUAUCUACAUACAUCCACACACACACACACACACACAUGCACAUCUAUUUACAGACAUCCAGUUUUCUGUUCAAUUUGCCUUUGUUCAAUCAAUCAAUCAAUAUCUGUCUGUGUGUCUGUCUCUGUGGUGUCCAUCAUUGUGGAAACAGAUUGUAUGAAAAAAAAAAACCCCAAAAAACUACCAAAACUACAAGCAAACAAACAUGGUUACAUUAUAUACAUUGGACCAGCAAAAAUAGUGACAUGAAUUGCUAAUAAAGUUACUCUUAGGUUA